AUGGCAGAUUCAAUCGAUCGUGUGUUUGUCCAUGCUUUGAACACCGUCAAGCGACUACCACGUACCGGCUCAGCAACCCCACCAGAGGGUGAUCGUCUGAAGCUCUAUGGAUUGUACAAGCAGAGCAUGGAAGGUGACGUGGAAGGUGUGAUGGCAAAACCCAGCAACGGAGUCUCCAGGGCUGAUCAAGUGUCGGAACUGGCCAAGUGGGAAGCAUGGCAUGCCAAUGCAAGUCUAUCUCGCACGGAAGCCAAACAAAGAUACAUCUCCACUUUGAUCGAGACCAUGCAUCGUUAUGCUACCACUACAACAGAAGCAAGGGAACUCAUUGCUGAGCUAGAGUUCGUAUGGGACCAGAUCAAGUCGAAUCCUGUCUCUUCAUCCGACUCUUCUCCAGGACGUCGCGCAGUAGCUCAAAACAUAAAGCAGAGUAUCGCCUUUAGCUGGAGGCCUGGAGGUGACGCAGACGACAAGCUGAAAAUGAUUAGGCCUACAAGUCAGGGAGAUGAAGAACUUGACGUAGUAGGAAACCUGGAUGAGACGCAAAUUUUUCAACAUGGAGAUGCCAUGGACUCAGGUACAGCCGACUUCUUUUCAUCCAGCAUAGGAACGCAUAACGAACGGUGGAAACAGCGCGUUGAGCAAGCCUUAGUAAAGAUGACUGUCGACAUUGCGGCGCUCCGAGAGCAGAUGGAAGCAAACAAUACGAAAGUGACGAAACAACACCGAAGACCUUUGACAUUGAUAGCAUGGUUUAUCACAGCGUCAAUGCGACACCUCUUUGUCGAUGCAGUAAUACUGGUUGUGCUCUUUGCGUGGGCACGGCAAAGCAAAGGCCUCAAGGCAAAGCGGGGCUUACAAACAGCCAUGGAUUGGAUUCGGCGCCAGUUCAGCAGAUAUCAAAGAGCUUUAAGUAACUUCAUACUCCUAUCAGCGAUCCUACCCUAUCACCACCUUUCCAUCACCGACGGCAACACCUUCCUCUACAGAAUGACCACCGAUAUCUCUAUAGACAUAACACUUACCUAUCAUGGAACCACACACACUUUGCCUUUUUCAGAUGGCGCAACUCUGUCAGAUCUGUCCGAUCGCGUUGAUGCUGAGCUAUCGAUUCCCCUUAAGCACCAGAAAUUCAUGAUCACUCCUAAAAUCGGAAUUCUAAAGCCGCCCUUCUCAGACCCUUCCCUAUCCUUGUCAAAAUUGCAAGGCAAAAAGGUUCUCCUUCUCGCCCCAACAGCAGCCGAGCUCUCCUCUAUCUCCCGACCGCUCAGAAACUCCAAAGCCAGCUCAACGCUCAAAUCGGCUGCGCCUGCACGACAACGAGAUUGGAGAAAGGUCCAGGAUGAGACAACCUACACGUUUCACGCUAUAAUACCGCUUCCUUACCUACCGAAUCCCGAUCGAUCAAAAAAGUUCUUGGAACGUCUUAGUAAUGAUCCGGGCAUAAAAGCCGCAAUGGUGAAACAUAAGUUCAGCGUUGGGGUACUCACUGAGAUGAAUCCCGCGGAACAUACAACGCAUGAAUCAAAGACGUUAGGCUUGAAUCGCAAUCGAGGAGAAGUCAUUGAAUUACGGUUGCGAACGGAUGCCUACGAUGGUUAUCGUGACUACAAAAUCAUCAGAGACACGCUUUGCCAUGAGUUGGCCCAUAACGAAUUUGGAGACCAUGACCGUAAUUUUUGGGACCUUACAAAGAGUAUUGAGAAAGAGGUCAGACAGAAUGAUUGGAAGAGUGGUGGGCAAGCAGUCAGUAACGAGAUAUUCUAUGAUCCACAGGAUAGGGAAGGAAGCGGUGACCACGUUGAUGGUGGCGGAUGGAGUGGUGGUGAGUUUGUCUUAGGUGGAAGCGGAGGGGAAAAAGUAGAAGGACAGGGUCUAGGCAGGAGGGAAGCAAUGGCCAGAGCCGCCGAGGAGAGAAUGAGAAGUCAGAAAGAGGUAGGGAAGGGCGGAGAACUUCAUUGA